UCGUCAGGGUAGGAAUGAGGUGGAGGAAUUCGCCGCCCUCGUCCCCCUCACUCAGGCCGUGAACCGCCUUCUGAUGAAUUAAUUCACGUGCACCCGCGUCUGGGGAAAAUUCCUGUCUGAUGCAGACGAGCGUUGCAAACUAAAACCAAACGAGACUCAUCCUAGGUUCUAAGACGUCGCCUCCAGCUUGGUUCAAAUGGCUGGUCCUAAAAGUCAGCGCCCCUACUCAUCCCCCGAACCGCGUGCACACGCUCACGGCACACUCCGCACACACGCGCACGCACACACAUGCACACACCACACACGCACCCACAAACAACACACCGCACACGCGCACACGUCAGCACUUCCCAGAGACCCUGAUCGUCCCCAUCCCUUGAACAACCCCCUCCCCCCACAGCACCCAGGCUCACACCUCCCUUACCCCCAGCUCCCGGCCCCUCCCCCUCCCUCCCCGGGCUCCUUCCCACCCCCCCCAGCACCCGGCCCCUCCCCCUCCCUCCCCGGGCUCCUUUCCCCCCCACCCCAGCAGCCGGGCUCUCCUCCUUUCCUCCCUCCUCUCCCAGGCUCCCCCAUUCCCCUUCUCCUUACCCAGGCUCUCCCCCAUACCCACUCACCCCUAGCAUACAAGCUCCCCUCUCCCCCUCUCCCUGCAUCCCCAUAACUUCCACAGGCUUCCCGGCCGCUGGCAGGCGGGUGGGCGGGAAGUGCGGCCCAGACCCAGUGGAUAGAGAGGGGAGAGAGGGGAGCGCAGACGCAGGGGCGCCGAGCGGUGGGGAGCGCUGGGGGUGGGGCCCAGGGGGUCCGGGAGAGCCAGCUGGGGGUGGAGAGCUGCGUUUCCGCAGCGGCCCGCGCCGGAUAGGGGCGCGGAUAGGCAGGGAAGGCGGAGAGACGCGGCCAGGGGCCCCCGCUCCGGGAGGAGGAGGCGGAGGGGCGUCCCGGGGGUGGCGGGGGCUGCCGGGGGCGGGGAAGGGCGGCGCCAGGGCGAGGCGCGCGGGGCCGCGGGUGGGGUGGGGGGUUGGGGGGGAACGAGCGUCCUGGGAGGGGCCCCGCGGGCUGGGGAGGGGGCGCGCGCCCUGCGGUCUCUGCGCCGCAUCGGUUCCCGGCGUGGGGUCGCGGCGGCGGCGGCGGCGGCGGGAGGCGGAGGAUGCGGGCUCCGGCGGCGGCGGCGCGGGCCCGGGAGGACGCGGGAGGAUGAGGAGGAGGCCGGCGGUCCGGCCGCGCGGCGCCGGGAGGAGGCGCAGGCGGCGGGGGCGGCGGCGGGCGGCGGCGGGCGCGCGGGGUGCGGGCCGGCUCGGGCGCGGAGGAUGAAGUGGAGCGUCCGCGGGGCCUGCGCCGCGCUCUCCUCCUGCCUCCUGCUCGCCUGCGCGCUCAGCGCCGCCGCCGUCGGCCUCAAGUGCUUCUCGUUGGGCUCGGAGCUGCGCGGGGAGCCGUUCCGCCUGGGGGCCGCCGCCGGCGCCUUCUACUCCGGGCUGCUGCUGGCCGCCGGCCUCUCGCUGCUCGGCGCCGCCCUGCUCUGCUGCGGACCCCGGGACGCGCCCCUCGCGGGGUCGGAACCGGGCCCGGGUUUGGGGGUCCCCGCGGCGCCGGCAGGCGCUCCCGAGGCCGCGCCGGGCGAGCCGGGGGCCGCGGCCGGGGCCCCGGGGCCGGUGAGCAGCCAGAACCUGCUUCUGCUCGGCGUCCUGGUCUUCAUGCUCGGGGUCCUCAGCGCAUUCGCGGGCGCCGUGAUCGACGGCGACACCGUGUCCCUGGUGGAGCGCAAGUACUCGCACUACUGCCUGCCCCCGCGGGCGCCAGGUUCGAGCCCCGGCUCGGCCCCAGGUUCAACCCCCGGCUCGGCCCCGGGCUCGGCCCCCGGCGCCCCGCGCGCUCGCAGCACCCUGGACAGCGCCACGUCCGCCAAGUGCCGCCAGCUGAAGGACUACCAGCGCGGCCUGGUGCUCUCCACCGUCUUCAACUCGCUUGAGUGCCUGCUGGGCCUGCUCAGCCUCCUGCUCGUCAAGAACUACAAGUCGUCGCAGGCCCGGCGCGGUCGGCGCGGCAGGCGGAGGGGAGGCCGGGCCCUGGCGCGGCCCCGCGGCGGCUCCGGGCUCCGCGCGCAGCCGCCCGCCUCUCGGGCGCGCCGGGGCCGGCGGGGCCGGCGGGGGCGGCGGCUGCAGCAGCGGCCGAGCGAGGCCUCCAUCCUGUCCCCGGAGGAGUCGGACCUGGCCGCCCCCGGGGACUGCGCGGGCUUCGCGGCGCACCACGCGGUCUCCUACAUCAACGUAGGCGUCCUCCACGCGCUGGACGAGGCGGGCGCGGAGGUGCGCUGCGGGGGGCACCCGUCGGUGGAGCUGCCGGGGUACGCGCCCUCGGACCCCGACCUCAACGCCUCCUACCCCUACUGCUGCCGGCCGCCCUGCGAGACGCCGCGGCCCUGGGAGACCCGUCGGGCCUGCUGAGCCCGCGGGCCGGACCCCCAUCCCACGGACCGCGCGUGCGUUCCCCCUCCCCGCCCCGCUCAGGACCCCCGCGGCAAGGAAGGACGGGCAGCGGGGCGGGGUCCAGGGCCAGGCCUCAGGGGCGCCGCCUCUUCCACGUGGCUUUGCAGCCUCCGGCCUGGCCCCCUCUGCGGGCUCCGUGACCACAGGAGGGGGCCCCUGAUGUGACCAUUUCUGUAUCUGGGAGGUUUCUCUUCUUAUUUGUGUCGUUCAUAUCUGGAUUCCAUUUUCAAGUUUACAAUAAAUGUUUGGGCUUGGCUAGCCCGACUGCACUUUUCUUGGCAAGUCCAAACCCUGGGGCUGCUCUGCCUGGUGGUCCGAGGCGAGGGGGACAGAGCGAGCGCCCCAGGACGGCGACUUCCCACGGAGGAAGAGCAGACAGAGACGCAGAGCAGCUGGUAAUUCAGAAAGAAGAAGUGAGAACACCCAACAGCAACACUUUGUACACGGAUGUGCCUGCUUUUGUUGAUACUUUCUUACUGUAAAGCUCUCCAUAAAUAGUGAAAAUGUUUGGUAAAUUUAUUGCAAUUUAAAAUUGGUGAGUUCCUUUAUUAAAUUAAUUGCUAUGUUA